ACACAGUGUUUUAAUAUCAUGUUCUAGUGUGUUCAAUUGUUUUGUGUCUUUCUUUUCUCAGAUCAGCUGCUGGUGCAGGAUCAACAGGGUUGCAGGCACGCCUGCUUUUUCGUGGUGCCAUAUCUGAUGAUAUACCACGGAAAAACAUUGACGAAGGCCAUUAGCCAUAUGAUAAACCGUAAAAACAUCAGAAUGAGCAGGGACCUCCUGACGCAGCUAGUCGUCUUCGCUUGUCACCACAAUCAGCAGCAACAGCCGGGUUUGAUGCCGGAGUUUUCAUCGGUCGACAUAAACCACCCUCAGACCAUUUCCCAAAUGUACCUUCGUAUCGUCAAACCCUCCCAGUACUGGACUCCUGUCAGUGAAGUCUGGCCCAAUGUCUUCAUAGCUGACGAGAAAACAGCGAGGAACAAAGCCAAACUGAAAAAGAUGAACAUCACGCACAUUGUGAACGCUGUGCCGUUGUCCUUAAAGGAAGAGGAAUGGAAGGACUACUACCAGAAGAAGAACAUCACUUACUACAAUGUGCGUUCAGGACUCGGAGUCCAGGGCUGGCCAAACAUAGCACAGUUAUUUUCACCAGCAGCAGAAUUCCUACACAAGGCUCUGAGUGACACAAAGAAUAAGGUGUUGCUGUACUGCAGCGAGGGCUUAAACCAGUCCGUGGUGCUUUUUAUGGCAUAUCUGAUGAUCCACCAGCGCAUGAAGCUGGAAGAAGCAUUCGAGUUUGUGUUGGAGAGGAGACGCAUGUGGAUAAGCAGGGACUACUUGAACCAGCUGGUGAUGUUGAAUCUGGACCUCGCAAAGCUUCGCAAAUUGAACGAGUGUAGACCCUGCUGCACAGCCUGCUACGAAGCUAUCUUGCAGCUUAAUCUAACGUAA